AAAAUCUCAACAAAGUUGGAAACUUUUUCUGCAGGGGUUUAUCCCCUUAGCAGACUCACGGCAGCUGCGAACCCUAGCGAGUUUCUUGAACGUGACUCGCGAUUUGACUCGCCGAUGCUAUCGCCGACGAUCGGGCGACGCAGCAGAGAGAUCCUCCGGCCGGUUUUCGCGGGAGGCAAAACUGGGGAACAGAACAGAAGUUGGAGAUGAGAUUGAUGUGUCUCUUCAUCUCACCAUUGUUGAGAAACUGAAUCGUACAGGGUUUUGUGGGAAGGUCGGUCUCUCUAGCGGUAUCAAAACGACUGCAAACCCUUGCGAGUUUCUCCCACCUGACUCGCAAUCCAACUCGCUGACUCAAUGGGAUCCGGCGAGAGUACGAUCACCUCAUCUACCGAUCCGAAGACGGCGGAUUCCGACGCGGAAACUCGAAUCAAAGACGAUCCUUCAGAAUCUGAAGCCCUAAAAGAAGAUUCGGAUCAAUUUAAGGAAGGAGGCGAUGGCGAAGAAGAGGAGGAAGGAGAGUGCGGGUUUUGCCUGUUCAUGAAGGGAGGUGGAUGCAAGGAAAGCUUCAUAGCUUGGGAGAAUUGCAUAGAGGAAGCCGAGAAGAACAGCGAAGACAUCGUCACGAAGUGUAUGGAGGUCACGGCUUCGCUCAAGAAGUGUAUGGACGCUCACGCCGAUUACUAUGAGCCGAUUCUGAGGGCGGAGAAGGCUGCGGAGGAGGAGGCGAAGAAGGAGCUGGAACGAGAGAAGGCGGAGGAGGAGGCCAAAAAGGAAGCAGAGGGAUCGGACAAGAAAGCUGAAUCUUAGGUAACUUUAUGGUGUCUUGUUGAUUUGAGUACCAACAUUGAAUUUUUGGGGAAACUGUUUAUUAGGUAAAAGGGAUUUUCCUUGUUGGAUUCAUAGUAGUGAUAGGAUUUUGUCUCUUGAGAAUAAGCCGAUUGACUCGGAUCAAUUGUUCGUUGACACUGCAAAAAAUGAAUACUCAGAUUUUGAUACUGCGAUGUAAAAUGCCUAAAGUUCAUCACUUUCUUAAUGCCAAUGUAUGUUUCUAUGCAUCAAGGUGGAAUAUGCCAAAUAAAGAUGGUGCCUUUUUUUGUGAUU